AUGUCAUCCCCAUAUCCGGGCUCAAUACCACCUUCCAGUGCACCUGGACCAGCAUCUUCCUCUUUACCUCAAUCUCGACCUAUGAUCGACCCGCUGGCAUUUGACAAUGUUCAUGGUCUCGGUGGAAGUUUGCCAGGCGUCAACGGUGCUGGUGCUGGUAGUGGUGGUGGUGCUGGAGCUGGAGCUGAAGUGGGCGAAGACAUCACUGGAGCUGGUAACAGACGGAUGGGCAGAAGGGCUAGAUUCGAAGACUCGAAUGAUAUUCCUCGAGUCAAGGAUGUGACAGGGGACAAGGUCAUGGAGAGUUUCGCAAUGUUCCUGGAGAACUUCACCGAGCAGAUCGCCCUGCCCGAUACACCUGGUCAGAACGAUGGUGCUCAACCUGAAGAGACCAAGUUUUACGUUGAACAGAUUCGAGCAAUGAAAGAUUACGAGUUGACGACUCUGUACGUCGACUUUGGUCAUCUGCUUGAGCGUGAAGAAGUCCUCGCGCGUGCCAUUCAAUCGCAAUACUAUCGAUUCCUGCCGUAUCUUCGUCGCGCGCUGCAACUUCUCAUCCGAAAGUACGAGCCUACCUAUCUUUACACCUCUACCACAGUCUCCACAACCCCCUCCGCUUCAUCAUCAUCUCUGACGACUCGAGAAUUCUCCAUCGCGUUCUACAACCUCCCUCUGACUUCUGGUAUUCGAGAUCUUCGAAUGGAUAGGAUAGGUCAACUCGUCUCUAUCACCGGCACAGUCACUCGAACAUCUGAAGUCAGGCCAGAAUUGAUCAGCGGGACGUUCACUUGCGAGGCCUGCGGAGCCGCUGUCCGGGAUGUGGAGCAACAGUUCAAGUAUACUGAACCGAUCUUGUGUCAGAAUACUACGUGUAACAACCGGACCCAAUGGCAGCUUAAUAUUGAGCAGAGCAAGUUCUCAGAUUGGCAAAAGGUCAGGAUUCAAGAGAAUGCCAAUGAGAUCCCGACUGGUUCUAUGCCUAGAUCUUUGGAUGUCAUCCUUCGAGCAGAGGUUGUAGAACGCGCCAAAGCUGGAGACAAGUGCACGUUUACCGGUUCAUUCAUCGUCGUUCCGGAUGUCUCUCAGCUCGGAGUACCAGGGGUCAACACUGAGAUGAUGAGAGAGAAUCGUGGGGGUCGAGGUGACGGAGGAGUGGCUUCACAGGGAGUCACGGGAUUGAAGAGUCUUGGAGUCAGAGAUUUGCAGUACAAGACCGCGUUCUUGGCUUGUAUGGUCCAAGGGGCAGAUGCGAGGUCUGGCACCGAUGUUCGAGGCGACCUUGAUGAUGGCGAGGAAGAGCAGGAGACAUUCCUGAAUUCUCUCACUCAGCAAGAGGUUGACGAGUUGAAAAACAUGGUUAAUUCCGACAACAUCUAUCAACGGCUAGUAUCCAGUAUAGCGCCUACAGUCUACGGCCACGAGAUUGUCAAGAAGGGUAUUCUGCUGCAGCUCAUGGGUGGAGUGCACAAGCAGACUCAAGAGGGUAUCCAUUUGCGAGGGGAUAUCAACGUUUGUAUUGUCGGAGACCCGAGUACUUCCAAAUCACAAUUCCUCAAAUAUGUGUGUGGAUUCCUGCCCCGAGCAGUCUACACCUCCGGCAAGGCCUCGUCCGCAGCUGGUCUCACAGCUGCUGUGGUCAAGGACGAAGAGUCUGGCGAAUUCACCAUUGAAGCUGGAGCACUCAUGUUGGCCGAUAAUGGGAUCUGUGCGAUUGACGAAUUCGACAAGAUGGACGUGGCAGACCAAGUAGCGAUUCACGAAGCGAUGGAACAGCAGACCAUUUCCAUUGCCAAAGCAGGGAUUCAAGCGACUCUGAACGCUCGAACAUCCAUCCUGGCUGCUGCGAACCCUAUCGGAGGGAGAUAUAAUCGAAAAAUGAGCUUGAGAGCCAAUGUCGCCAUGAGCGCUCCGAUCAUGUCUCGAUUCGAUCUCUUCUUUGUGGUCUUGGACGAAUGUAACGAGAACGUCGAUUUACAUAUCGCUCAGCAUAUCGUCAAUGUUCAUCGAUUCAGGGACGCUGCUAUCGCUCCAGAAUUCAGUACGGAGGCAUUGCAGAGGUAUAUUCGAUAUGCUAGGACCUUUAGUCCAAAGCUCACUCCGGAAGCAUCUGCGGUCCUCGUUGAGAAGUAUCGAUCGCUGCGACAGGAUGAGGGUGGUGGAAGUCGAAGCAACUUCAGGAUCACGGUUCGUCAACUCGAGUCCAUGAUUCGAUUGUCCGAAGCGAUUGCCCGCGCAAACUGUGCCGACAAGAUUACGCCUGCGAUUGUUCGCGAGGCUCACUCCCUCUUACGUCAAUCCAUCAUACACGUCGAACAAGACGAUAUUAACUUUGACGAAGACGACGAGGUCGCCGACUUGGCCAAUGGUCAUGGCCGUACGCAGGAAGAAGACGAUGCGAUGGACGCGGCGGAUAUUGCGGCUGCAGAAGCCGCUGAAUCAAGCUAUGCUGCUGCUCAAACACGAACGAGUACGUCUGGAGCCAACGGGACGCCUACUCCGCCUCCCGCCUCCAAGCGUAAAAUGAGGAUCACUUACAAUCGCUAUAUGGAGAUUAUGAACCUUUGCGUCCUUCACCUCUCCGAUAUUGAGAGAGAGACGGGCCAAGGUGUCGAUAGAGAAGAACUCGUUCAGUGGUACUUGGAGCAGAAGGAGCAAGAGUUUGAGACGGAGGAGGAUUUGGAGUAUGAAAGGGAAUUGAUCGGCAAGGCAUUGAACAAGCUCGCCAAGGAUAACUACCUGUUGGAAAUUCGUGGGGAUGUGCAGGAUCUACCAGGAGAAGAAUCUCUCGAAUCAUCUGAAUCAGACAAGGUUCAUUACGUCGUCCACCCCCAAGUGGAUCUCUCAGAUCUAUCAUCUUCGAUUCCGGCUGCCAGUGUAUAG